AUGCCGGAAUUAUGCAUUAUUUUUCAAUAUUCGCCUAGACGCAUUGAAAGCGACGGCGGCGCGCUGGCCAAACACGUCACGAUCAAGUUGGUCGGAGCCAAGGCGCACCACGUCGUGACGGGUACAAUCGUUGGCGUGCGUAGGUGCUACCGCCGCCUCGUUCGUAGCGGAGGGAAUGUCGUCGUGGGGGUGGCAGAAGGGCGGCACUUUGGUCGGCUCGGCGUCGACAAAGUCCACUGCGUCGUGUUGUGCCAAGAUACCGCCUUCGUCACACCCAAGGCCAAGGCACAGGACGUGGUCAUGUGGCCACCUCGAGCUGCUGCCACGCGACCAAGAAGGGGCGCCAGCGACGACAAAGACGCAUCGCAACUGACCACGCUGAUACUGCACCCACCGCUGACGCUGCAGAAUCUCUUGUGCGUCAACAUCGUGUGCUGUGUGUUUCGAAUCGUGGCGUCGUCUCCAGCACCGCCGUCGUCCUCCGGCCGCGACGUGGUGUGGGAAGGCACGAUCAAGACUGGCGGUCACGCUGCCAUUUACGCGUCCAACUUGGCCGACAAACUCUACUGCAGCGUUCUCUUGCCUGCGCUGCAGUGUGAGACAGUCAAACCUGCGCUGCUCCACGUUCCGCCAUCGAGCAAAGCCAAGGUCGAUACUGCUAUCGCUUUCGCCGACAAAACCAACAACACGCAGCCGCUCAAACUCAAGGUCGAAAACCCUAGCUCAUCAAAUCCAGUCAAGGUUGCCGUCGGGUCGGGCGGGCAGCGCGCGGUCAUUUUGUACGCAUCGUACUGGCUGGUCAACCUGACGCCGUUCGGGCUGCAGUACAAACAAGACACGCGGCACUUUGAGAUUGCUGGGAGUGCGGCGGCUCUCGCACGGCGGCAGUCCAUCGAUGGCGACAAGCAAAACUUGUGGAACGUGCUAGCGUGUGACUUGGAGCUCGGGCCGUAUUUGAACCCGGUCGACGCCGCCGUCACAGCCGACGACGGACUGCAUGGUCCGAGUCUGUCGUGUAUGCCUUCGAUCCGGCCACAAGACGGACGGUGCUCGUUCGUCGCCGAUAGCCACGAGUUGUGUUACUGCCCCGCGCCGACGUGUGCAGUUCGGCGGCUCGCCCGCUUCGCCACCAUGUUUUCGUUUGGGGGCGGCGGGAAUAGCGUCGGGGGGUUGGAAGACACCAUGACGGCGGCGUUCACAAACAAUCUCUGCAUCAAGUGCCCCAAGUACUCGUGGUCCAAGGGGGUAUCCCUGGAAGUGCUCGGCGUUGACCAAGUCGUCGAGCUCAAAAAUACAACCCACGUGCUCGAGCUCGGCGUCAAGAUCGUGCCUGGCCCGGACGCGUUCUUUCGGACGAAAUGCGUGAUUUUCACCCCUCGGUUCCUCCUUCUCAACCAGCUCUCGACGUCGCUUGCGCUGUACGAUGGACUGCACCGCCUGGACCACACCCAUGCCCCGCUCGACGUCGUGCGCCGCUUCAUGGAGUUCUUGGGACGCACCGAGGAGCUCAACGACCCCAACUUCACCGAGACGAACUUGCUGGAUGUGACCCCUGAGGACAUCCGGCGCUAUUUCAACCUUAAAGCCUCACUAGCGACACGGCCAUCGACGCAAUCUACUCGAAGUACGGUCGCUCCAAGUCCGUCACAGCCAUACUGA